ACGAUUCAAAUCGAUGAUUGAUAAAUUUCCCGGAAUUCGUUUUCCAUUUUCAAGAAUUUUAAUAGGAAAUUUGAAUAUUUUAUUAACCGAAAAUUGGACAAUGGAUAAAAUUCUUGAUAAUUUUUUUCAAUUAACAAUUGGUGCGAGAAUAGUUUUCGAUAGAACAUUUUGUUUUUGGCGAUCAAUCGUACCGAUGGUGGUCAUUUUUAAGGCUGAUGUUGCCGAAAAAAUAUUAUCCAGUAAUGAUAUUUUUAUCGAUAAAGAUAAUCAGUAUGAUGCACUAAAACCAUGGUUAAAUGAAAGUCUGUUGAUAAGGACAUCGAAUAAAUGGCGUUCUCGACGAAAAUUGUUAACACCGGCAUUUCAUUUCAACAUACUUGAACAAUUCUUACCGAUAAUGAAUGAACAGGCUAAUAUUUUAGCUCAAGUGAUUCAAGAUCACCAGAAAAAGGCGGGUGGUAAUUAUAUUGAUGUUGUGCCAUUGAUGGAGAGUGCUACUUUGGAUAUCAUUUCGGAAACUGCAAUGGGAGUAAAAAUUGAAUCACAACUCGGCAAAAAUCAUGAUUACAUCGAUGCAGUUGCAAGAGUUUUAGCUACAAGUUUGAAACGAAUGUUGGUGCCGUGGCUUCAAUGCGAUAUCAUUUAUUUCAAUUUAUUUGCCGAAGGACGUAAACAUCGUCAAGAUAUUAAUUUAGUCCAUCAAUUUACAAUGAAUGUGAUUAAACAACGUAAAAUCGAGAUUAUAAAUCGAAAAAAACAUAAAACUGACUUAAACUCCAACGAACAUAAACGACGUUUAGCAUUUAUGGAUUUAUUGAUCGAACAACAUCUCAAAGAUCCGAAUAAUUUUACUGAAUUAGAUAUUCGUGCAGAAGUUGAUUUAUUCAUGUUUGCAGGUCAUGAUACAUCGGCGACAUCUUUGAUUUGGGCUUUACAUUUAUUAGGAAAUCACCCGGAUAUUCAGGAUCGUGUCCAUAAAGAAAUUGAUGAAAUACGUUCACAAUGUGAUCAUGAUGAUAAUCAAACAAUGAUUAAUUGGAGUCAAAAUGAAUUACGACAAAUGAAAUUUUUGGAAGUAUGUAUUAAAGAAUCGUUACGAAUAUAUCCACCAAUACCAUUUAUAUCACGUCAAGCACAUCAAGAUACAGAAAUUGAACCAAAUCUGGUGGUACCAAAAGGAACAUCAAUAUUAUUGUCGCUUUAUUCAAUUCAACGUGAUCCAAAAUAUUUUCAACAACCAGAACGUUUCAUACCUGAUCGUUUUAUCGAAGAUUCUAAACAUUAUUUUGGCUGUAUGAAUUCAUUUGCAUUUGUACCAUUUUCAGCCGGACCACGAAAUUGUAUUGGACAAAAAUUUGCUUUACAAGAAGAAAAAGUCAUAUUAGCUACUUUAUUAUCCAAAUAUCGUAUAGAAUCCGGUGAAAAUGUUGGUAAUGUUGCCAUAGAACCUUCAAUAGUUUUAGCACCAAAAUCAUCCAUCAAUAUUCGUUUCAUACCCCGUUUCAUGAAUGAAUGAUUAUUUUUAAAUUAAAUAUUGUACGCAAUGCAAUGGAC